AUGUGUGACGUCCCUUUUAUUCCAUUCUUCCCUAUCUGCUUCCAAUGCGGUACCGACCAGAAUCCGUGUCAUUGUAAGGUUGUUGGACCGACUCUCGGGUUCUGCUGUACGAUUGUCGCCGCUGUGUUUUGUUGGCCUGCUUCGAUUUUCUGUGGUUGUGGAUGCACGCAGACUGGGAGAGAUGUGUUGGGAUACCCGGUCAAACUUAAUGGGCAAGUCAGUAAUGCUAUACCGUUCUGA